GUCUGAAAACUUAAGUUAGGUACUCUAGGUUUUUUAAAGUGUUAUCUAGCUUUCAACACAGCAAAGAGAUUGAGCAAAUGAAAGGAAAUGCAUAGAUUUAAUUUUGAGGUUUUUGUUUUCCGGUUAGGAGAUAAAAUGAGCUCAUGCAAUUAGUUGUUCGUUGCAGGCGUUCUACAAAAGUCUAGAUAUGGUGUUCAUUAAAAACAUUCUAUCAUAUUCAACGGUAUUAUUUAUCUUCAAGAUUGUAACUGCCCUUCAAAAUUGGAGGUCUCAAAGUAGCGUCCACUGGACCGAAAACUGUGAUUUUGAAGGAAAUCCUGUCGCAAAUAAAGCUAUGCCACCAUCAAAGUGUGGAGAUUUUUGCCAAUUUACUGUUGAAAGUUGUACACAUUUCACAUUUACAACUACAUCUACAACUCCGAAUGGGAUUGGAACCUGUUGGAUAAAAUCAGGCAGGAUUUACCGUGAAAAAGCAAUUCAUUUGGAUUCUCCAGGAUCUAUUUGCGGAUACUUGGCGAUUCAUUGGAUUAAUUUAGCUGAAUUAUCCUGGUCUUUUAAUUGCAACUUUUCUGGAAAUGAUUUAAAAAAGGAAUUUUCCGAAGGAGAAUCUUGUGGGGCGCUUUGCAUACAAAAUCCGCCAUGCAACCACUUCGUUUGGACAAAUGUUGAGGGGCAAGGAAUUUGCUGGAUGAAAUUUAAUAGCACGAUUUCAAAAGAAAGUGCUGUUCUCACUCCGGGUUCGAGAGGAGCAGUAUGUGGAAUUCUCAGAAAUGGUGGCGAAAAUGUUAGUACGGCAUCACCUGUUUCCUGGUCAAAAGACGACGAGUGUGAAUGCGUUUGUUAGUUGUAAUUGGGUAGGUACAUGAAAAAAGGUGAAAAAGGAGUAAGAAGAGAGUCCUGCUAGCACAGCUGGUCUAAUAUCCGUCUAUUCGACGUAAUUUAUUUAUCCAUUCUUCGUCGCGUCUAUUUUUUGUCCAAAAAAUACGACGAUACUGCAUAGGGGAGACCGGGGCUAUGUGGGACACGGGGCUAAAAUGUACAGGGCAAUUUUUAUAUGUACAAUUUGUCUUAAAAUUACGAAAUACAUACAGCGUCUGUUAAA